UUAUUCUUUAUUUCUAUUUUUAUGCGCUUCCACCAACACUACUGCACAUAUACUUUGAGGCUCAUCUAAAGGGGAGCUGACAUCAGGAGGAAGCAGCAUUUUAUUCACAUUGAUUUCUACUACAUCGAAGGUUCACACAUACGGAUUUUUCAUCAAGAAGCGCUGGGUUUAGGAGUGUUCAUUCACUCCACAAAUACUAGACUAGUGAUUCUUAUAGAAAUGUGUAAGUGCUUAAUUCCACUUCCAGGCCCCUCCCUCCCACAAGGAGCCAAUGGGAAUGUGGGAGGAAGCGAGUGACCCAGUGAUGGGGAAGAAGGAUAAAAAUGAGGAGCGGAAGGAGAGAAUCCUGAAUCUCACACUGGAGAUUAUCUAUCUGCUGACUGGAGAGGGCUACGUCAUCCCUAAGAAGAAGAGCCCAACUGUGGGUUUGGGGGCCCUGCAUGCCCCUGGCUCCGUCAUACAGAAGGAAAAUGACAAGAAGAUCCUGGAACUCAUCUCCAACAUCAUCCAGCUGCUGACUGGAGAGGUUGCCAUAAGGUGUGAGGAUGUUUCCAUCUAUUUUUCCUUGGAGGAGUGGGAGUAUAUAAAAGGAAACAAGGCCCUUUACAGGGAAGGGAUAAAGGAGGAGGAGGAGGAGCCCCAGCAGCUCCGCCCACUGGCAGCCUGUGAGUAUAAAGAUGGGAGCGAUGUUACAGCACAUACGGAAGCAACUUUAUGUUGUAAUAAUGAUGGGAAUCUCACACACCCUGAUGUUUCUCCAGCGGAACAGCCCCCACCGGCCAAUGGGAUUAAAGAGGAGGCGGCUUCAUGGGAAGGGGGAAACCAAUCAGAUUGCAGCAUUAAUCCCCUUACAGAACAGAUACAGGGAACAGACUCACCUACUCCUAUCCUGGGGUGCAGCCUGAAUAUCUUAGAAAUGAAGGGUAAUAAUUAUGAUAAAAAUUCCCACCAAUCUCCACAUCAAUCUGAAAUAACAAAAAAUACAUUACAUAGGAAAUACAGCUGCAAUGAGUGUCAGAAACAUUUUAAUUCUAAUAGAGACUUUAAUAAACAUCAGAGAACUCACACAGGGGAGAAACCUUUUUCUUGUUCAGAAUGUGGGAAAUGUUUUCCAAGCAAAUUUCAACUUGCUCGGCAUGAAAGGACCCACACUGGGGAGAAACCAUUUUCUUGUUCUGAAUGUCCAAAAUGUUUUACCAACAAAUAUCAACUUCAUCGGCAUCAAAGGACUCACACAGGGGAGAAACCUUUUUCUUGUUCAGAAUGUGGGAAAUGUUUUCCAAUCAAAUUUCAACUUGAUCGGCAUGAAAGGACCCACUCUGGGGAGAAACCAUUUUCUUGCUCUGAAUGUCCAAAAUGUUUUACCAACAAAUGUCAACUUGAUCGGCAUCAAAGGACUCACACAGGGGUGAAACCAUUUUCUUGUUCUGAAUGUGGGAAAUGUUUUUCAGACCAAUCACUCCUUAAAGUUCAUCAUAGAAUCCAUACAGGAGUGAAACUAUUUCCUUGUUCAGAAUGUGGGAAAUGUUUUUCCUAUCGAUCUAACCUUAAUCGGCAUCAAAGAACUCACACAGGGGAGAAACCAUUUUCUUGUUCUGAAUGUGGGAAAUGUUUUUCAGACCAAUCCUACCUGAAAAUUCAUUAUAAAACCCACACAAGGGAGAAACCAUUUUCUUGUUCUGAAUGUGGGAAAUGUUUUUCAGACCAAUCCGACUUGAAAAUUCAUUAUAAAACCCACACAGGGGAGAAAGUAUUUCCUUGUUCAGAAUGUGGGAAAUGUUUUUCCCGUCAAUCUACUCUUAAUCGGCAUCAAAGGAAUCACACAGGGGAGAAACCAUUUUCAUGUUCUGAAUGUGGGAGAUGUUUUUCACAACAAUCGGACCUAAAAGUUCAUUAUAGAACCCACACAGGGGAGAAACCAUUUUCAUGUUCUUAAUGUGGAAAAUGUUUUUCACAGCAAUUCGACCAUAAAGUUCAUUCUAGAAACCA